AUGACUGUAUAUACUCUGAACCUCAGGGUGUUCUGGCCACUGGUCAUCUGUGUAUGCACUGCUCUUCUGCUGCUUCACCAUCUGGCUCUCAGAGGAGUGGACGACAGAGGAGAUGGAUGCUCUGAACAGGCACCGGAGGCCAUUGCGUUGUUUAAGUACUUCAUGGUUUUCCUUCUGUGUUGUAUCUUUUUCAGAUUCUGUUCGAUUAAGCCUGGACCUACUAAACGGGACUUCCACAAGGCCCCGGAGGGCCCGGGUAAAAUACUUAUUCCCAAAAAAGAUCUUCUGGAGGAUCACUAUGAGAGGUUUGUCCGUCUCUCCCCACACGUCCUGGGACACAGCAAAGCACAUGUAGCUAAGCUGGUGAGUGAGUUGGUGAGGGCGGGUCGCACUGACGGGCCACCCGAGUCCUCGCUGGCCUUCCGUGGCGACUUCAUUCAGAUCGGUAGCUCUUAUGAGGAGCACAAGGUAGGCGCUCCAGACUGCUUUGAUAUCCUGGUUCCGUUGCGACUGCCCCGUGGCCUGACCCUUGACCCCCGUGUUUGGACCGACGGACGCAAAGGACCGCCACUAUGCACGCUUGAGACGCCGCGCAAGUCAGAGUGGACGCGACGCCACAAGGCCUUUGCCGACGCCUUCCUGCGUUUGAACACAGAGGUGCACAGGCUGAGUCCGGACUGCGUGCUGCGUUGGUUCUACACCGCGGCACAGCGUUGCUUGUCCUCAGUGCGGUACCACUUUGAGCAGCGCUGCACCCUGGACCUGGCGCUGAGUGACGAGCAGCGCGUGCUGCUUCGCCUCACGCCCCGCUCCGACUACGUCUGCUGCCACUUCUCCAUGGGCGUCCGCCUGAUCCCCGCCCUGCCUCUGGCCGACGGGGCGUUCCUGGUGGCGGCAGGGCCGGGCCCUUUAUGUGGGAAGGACCUGUGGACGGUCUAUUUCCCCAAGCAGGAGCAGAGGCUGCUGGGCUGGCUGAAGGGUAGGCUCCCCUCUGGAACCUGUCACCUCAAGUGCCUGCAGCUGCUGAAGGAGAUCCGUGACCUCGGUGGCCAAACCCUGGACCAGCAGGCACGGGCAGAGUGGAAGGGAGUGCUCUCCUCUUACACCCUGAAGACAACCUGGUUGCGCCUCCUGCUCAGUACGACCUCAGAGGCCUGGGAGGAGCGCCAUCUAGUGGACCGGCUGGAGGACUUGCUGCGCUGCCUGAGGGAGAGCCUACAGAACCGGACUCUCCUCCACCUCCUCUUAGGGGGAGACGGCAGACUUUUGCCAGAAUCCAUAUCUUUGCCCAAGCUUGUGAAGGAGACGGCGCCCUCAAACCUGUGGGCAGGGUACAGUCCAGUGGCUCUUGACCUGGUCGCCGCCCGGCUAGCCUACACCUGGACCCACCUGCCCCGCCUCGUCCGCCUGGCACGGCCACAGAAGAGCAGCCUGGCACGAGGCCUGCGCUGCCAACAUGCUGAGCUUGAGUAG